AUGGGAUCUUCGCGACGACGUGAGCUUCGACCAGAAGACUCGUGGCGCUUUGUUGAAGGCGAGAACGACAGUUUUGACACAAGUAUCCUGCCAUCGCUUGGAGAAUCAUCGCCACCUACUUCCUCGGGCAACAUUCCCUCGCAACCCUUCUCUCAAGGCAACAUCAGCUUUGGUUCGCAGGACAGUAUCCGCGAUUUUGGCGCCGAUCCAGACGACGAACAAGUUAUCCUCCGAGAACCUUUCCGACCGAGUCUCUCUCGCGCCAGCGUAAGCGCAAACGGAGAGCCUGUCUUCAGAUCACCCGAUCCCGAGUUCCACAUGCCGCGCAUAGACGCCAUGAGUGAAAGCAGUGGCAGAAGUGAGCGCACGAUAAGGGGCCUAGGAAUAGGAUAUGGUGGCGACGAUGGUAUGAGACGAAGGGGAAAUCUGCCAAUAACAAGUCCCGGACAACAGAGAAAUGCGCGGGCGAGAUACGAUGCUGAAGAUGAACACUACCGCCGCCAAUAUCGCAACCAAGCGCCGCCGACAGUCCGCAACCAACUCGCCCAGAGUAUUCCCGCAGGCAUAUACAACACUCUCGGCUGGUUCCUUAAUGUGAUCGGGCUUGCUUUUCGCUAUGCACAGAAACCCUUUGCGAUUCUCUUGGCCAUCUAUCUUUGCUUCGGUGGACUUAUUAUCGCCCAAAAUAUGGCAACUCGCUCCAUCGCCGCAUCACUUUCACCGCUUUGCCGUAUUCCAGGCGCAUCAUUACUCAACCUCCCAUUCUGUCCCUCCAUGGACGCUAUAGUGCCACCAGGAAGUGAUGGUUCGCCUGUUGAGUUUGACGAUCUUAUGAACGUCCAAUCCAAGUUCGAGCAAGUUCUUGAGAAGAGUUCUGAUGGAGUGUCACUCCCCUUUGAGAUGAAGCGUUCCGAAACAGCCAUCAGAGACCUACGCAGCCUUGUACGACAUAGCGAGUUGGCGGCUCGUGACGAACUUCUCUUUGAGUUUGAUGGCUAUGUCGACACAGCGCGACAGACAGCUGCGGACUUGCAAAGGUUCAAUACACAUGUUGGCUCCGCCGUUGAUGCCGUCAUAAGCAUCAACCGUUGGACCUCUCGCUAUCUCGAUACUCUGUCCCCUGAAGCAGAAGAAGUGAACUCGAUUUCUUCACCUUCUCCAGUUUUUGGUUUGGCGUCGUGGCUUUUCCGUCCUUUCCAACCGACUACUCAGCACAUCUUCAACGAGCGAGUCCUCCUUGACAAGUACAUCGAACACACAGCUCUAGUGUCAGAUCGCAUUUCGACUCUAAUCCUUGAAGCGCAGUCUGUUCUGCGACUUCUUACAAAAGCAGAGGAUCACCUCAUGCUCAUCUACGACAUCAGCUCGCGCUCAUCCGCCGACACCGCAUCUCGCCGCGAAAACGUAUUCUGGAACAUCUGGACUAUUGUCGGUGCAAACUCCAAUCAACUCAAUAGCCUCACUCGCCAACUCGCUCUGCUACGCCAGGUCGAUGCUCAGCGUACUUCGGCAGUGGCGCAAAUCAACGCGCUGAUCCUCGAACUCGAGGGCAUCCAAGCUGGCCUCGGCGACCUACGCGACCGUGUUGCCGAGCCAGAAGUGCUACGCAGCGGCGGUCUCCCGAUUCCUCUUAGCGUUCACAUUGAAACCAUCGAUCGUGGAGUUGAGCGUCUUGAGGAUGCGAGAAGCAGGAUCCGCGCUGCCGAAAAUGAUCGUGUUCGCGAUGCAUUGGCGAGAGGAGGAGUACGUACCGAGCCGUUGAUCGAGGGGCAAGGAAAGCGAGGGGAUGCAAAUUGA